AUGACGGAAAACCCAAGUGCCUCACCUAUCUCGCUACCACCCACUGGUUGUGCGUGGAAGCGGCAGUCUGCUGCGUCGCAGGAGGAAGGCUCUGCGGCUCCCAACAGUCUUCUGGAGCGGUGGCUGCAGCGUCAGGCAGCCGCAUGCGGAAGCAAACCACAGCCAACACAGCACAAACACAAACAAAGCAUACGCCAAAAAUUCCUUCAGCUGAAGGAAGCAAUAUUCUCCGCCGAACCAGGCGUAAAGGACCUGCUUGCCCCUGCAGCAAUACUAACGGGAGAGGCAACACCAACACCGGCAGCAGCAGCAGCGAAGGACUCCGCAGGCCUGCCGUCAACAGACCCUCAACAAGGCAGAACACCAACAGGUGCAGCAGCAAGAACACCAGCAGCAGGCGUAGAUGCUACUGCUGCUGCUGCUUCAAGCUUCAGCGUCGAGAAGAAGUUGGAGAUGUUUAAAGCUGCAGUCCUCCUGAGAAGGAAACGACAGGAGUUCGAAAGGAGACGCAGGCAGAGUCUCAUGGCACUCAUACGACGCGCGCAGCAACAGCAACAACAGCAGCAGCAACAGCAGCAGCAACAGCAGCACGAGGUGGUGGGUGCUUCAGUUAGUGGUAACGAGGGGACCUUAGGGUCCCGGGGAAGCGCCCCGCUGCAGCAGCAAGCAGAGCAGCACAAGAAGCACGAACCGGCAGCUUCCUCGAGGCCCCUUCGCACCAAAUCGUACCGGUGGAAGUGGGGUAGGGAUACAGCGGCACCAGCACCAAAAGCAGCAGCGUCAGCAGAAGCAGCAGCAGCAGGCGGCGGUGCUGCUGCUGCAGAUGCCGCACGUGGGUCUCGUGUGCGGCGGAGUAUCUGUCGGCGCGUGUCUUUUGUGGGGCGCCGAGGCAGCAACACCAGCAGCAGCAACAGCAGCAGCAGCAGCAGGAGGAGUUCGGGCAUAGGUUUUGUCAAGCGUAGGAGUUUGUUGAGUUACGCUGCAUCGCUGCAACGGCAGCAGCUGCUGGGGCCGCAGCGGCUGCGGCUGCUGCGAAGACAACUGGAGGUUGUGGAGUUGUUGGGGGAAGGAGCGAGUGGGUCUGUAUGGAGAGUGAGACAAAAGGGUAGCAAUAAGAUGUUUGCUUUGAAGGUAAUAGCGAAGGAAAGCCCCAAAGAAGACCUCCACGUUGCAUGCGCUCGGCGGUACGCGGAGCGCCACCUGCUGAUGCACGGCGAGGUGUCUAGGCACCUGGUGAGGCUGCAUGCGGCCUUCCAAGACGAGAAGCGUUUGUUCUUGCUGCAGGAGUAUGUGGAGGGGCAGACGCUUCGGGCCCUGCUGCAGCAGAAGGGCUCCCUAGAGGAAACAGAAGCGCGGUUUUUCGCUGCUCAGCUGGCGGAGGCUGUGCAUGCAGUACACCUUCUUGGCUUUCUACACCGAGACAUAAAACCUGAAAAUAUUAUUGUUGAUAAGACAAACCAACUGCGCCUUAUGGACAUGGGGCUGGCAGCAGCGCCACCCCCUUCGCAUGCGCAGCAACGGCGGCGUUCAUCUCAACACACAGCAACAGCUACGCUAGGGGGGUCCCCCACAGCAACGCAGCAACACCCGGAGGGGGCCCUCAGCCCUGAAGCCUCUUGCGAGACACUGCGAGGGGCCCUACAGGGGGCCCCCGGCAGCAGCAGCCGCUGCUGCCUUCACGUGCACGCUGUAAACACACCGGAGUGGGGUAAGGGGACCUCAUGCUGCAUCUUUGGGGGCCCCCGAAGCUCUCCAGGUGACGCAAGCACAUCAUGCAGCUCAGAGGGGCCCCCCUCGUUUGCUAGCUGGCGCCUUCAGCAACUCCUACACACAGAUGAGGGAUCUGCUGUCGGUACCCUCCACUAUAUGGCCCCAGAGGUCGCUCUAGGGGGGCCUCUAAGACACCCUAAAUGCACAAACCAACAAAAAGACCCGGAGGAAACCCAACCAGCUAUCCAACGUCCGCAGCAAGGGGGCCCCCAAAGGAGCCCCCUGCAGCCACAACGAAGGCCCCAAGAGGAUGCUCAAGAAGAGGAAACACAGGUGCCCCCGAAGUGGCCCCCACCGAGGCUCCCAGAGGGGCCCCCAGAGGGCACCCCAAAAAGGCCCUCAGAGGGGCCCUCAGAGGGGCCCCCAGAGGAACCCUCAGGAAGGCCCCCAGAGUCCCAGAAAGACCCUUUUAAGGGGCCCCAGGAGGAGCCUCCUGAGGGGCCCGAGGGGGAGAUUCCUGGUGAGGGGCCCCAGAAGGAGCCUCGUGAGGGGCCCCAGGAGGAGUCUCGAGAGAAUCUCCCCGGAGGGCCCACCGAAAUGCCCAUCAAGGGGCCCCUCUGGGGCACCCACGAAGAAUGUAUGGAGGCUACUGAGCAGGAUUCGCUUGAGGGGUUAAUGAAGGCUGACUGGUGGAGUUUCGGCGCUGUGGUGUAUGAAUGCCUCUUUGGGUUUCCUCCAUUAGGGCGUUUCUCGUUAAAGGCAAAAGGCCAUUGGGCUCGCGAUAAUGAAGGCAUGCAGCAGAGUAACAACCGGAAAGAAUGCCAAUCAGCCAACGCAGCAGCAGCAACAUACGCAGCAGCAGACGCAGACGCAAACGCCGCAAAAGCAGCAGCAGACCAAGCAGCAACAGCAGCAGACGCAGACGCAGCAACAACAACAAUAGAUGCAGAGGCGGACACAGCAGCAGCAACAGCAGACGUAGCAGCAGCAACCGCUGCAGCAGCAAAUGCUGCAGCAGCAAGUGCUGCAGCAGGGGAGGUGGUGAAUAACCCGGAGUUAGUGUUGUGCAUGCUGCGACAAUUUGAGGACUUUAUCGUCCUGCCGCCUCCGCCCUUUGUUAUGACUAGCAGUGGAGCCUGUAAUCAACAGAGAGACAGCAAGAGACACCAGCAGCAGCAACAGGAGCAGGAGCAGCAACAGCAGCAGCGGCAGCCAGCUGUCUCACUGGAGGCAGUAGACUUCUUACGGAAUCUGCUGUGUGCACAGGAGAAGCGCUUUGAGUACAGAGAUAUCAGAAGACACCCCUGGAUGUGCAGGGACACCUCAUCAAGCAAGGACCCAGUGUCUCCUUCCUCUCCUCCGUUCCCCAUUCUCAGCGGCAGCAACAGAAGCAGCAGCACAAGCAGCAACGGAAAGGGAAAUACAAGCAGCAGCAGCAACACCAGCAACAGAAAUAGUAGUAGGCGCAGCAACAGCAGCGACACGAGCGCCAACAGCUGCAACACGGGCGGGAAUACAAACAUCAGUACAAGCGGCAGCAACAGCAGCAACAGCAGCAACGGCAGCAACGGCAGCGAUUGUCCUGCGGUGCAGGAAUCUUCGGCACAGCAGCACAGCAAAAGUGUCUCCUCACAGGAGACGCCUGUCUCUUCUGAGGCAACUGAAAAGAAUUCCUCAGCGAACGGAAGGCGGACGCGCAUGCAGCUUCAAACCAGUAACACGAAAGUAAACCCAGGGCAGUCUCCUGACUCGUUAACACUUCCUGUCUUCUCGGAGUCCCCUGUCUCCUCUUCUUCUGUCUCAUUUGCCCCGCGUCCAUCGUCACCUGCUGCAGCAUCUUGGGGUCUCCUUCCAGAGUCUCCUGCUGCUGAUGCUGCUGCGGGGGUGGGAAUAGGGCCGGCUUGUAUAAAGGAAACAGCUGGAUUUGCAGGUGUCUCUACAGCAGCAACAUGGAAGACAGAUUUUCGUUUUCUUGGGUUCGAGUUCAACCGCCAGCAGCGCGAGGCUGCAGCAGCGCAGCAACGUUUGCGGGAGGCCCUAGAAAAGCAGGCUUAG